AUGUACCGUUAUGUCCUUGCACUGUCCUUCGUGUACCUCGUAGGUCCGACCUCCGCCAAGGACCGUCGUAUUUUGAUGACCGAUCCCGCUUAUGUGGCCCAUGAACUAGACCGUCUAGAGUCCGAACUACAACAGCUCCAAGCUAAAGUCACCACCCAACAACACACCAUAGACAGCCAACAGUCGACUAUCACCACACUUACCAGUCAAGGGGGUCGAGGCGUGGUUUACACCAGAUGGGGCAGAAAAGACUGUCCCGAGGGCAGUGGGAACCAGCUGGUCUACUCUGGUUAUGCCGGUGGAUCCUGGUACAGCGCUGCUGGUCCGGCUGCCAAUCCACUGUGCAUGCCCCCUGACCCUACGUGGGGGCCACACAAAAAUACAUCCCUCACCUAUCCAUCCUACUUGUAUGGCGCCGAGUAUGACGACACAACCGUGUUCGGUAUGGCUGAUUUUAGUGAAGACGUACCGUGCGCCGUGUGUAGAAGUUCAGCCCACUCCAUCAUCAACAUGAUACCUGGUCGUACCUCGUGCUACCCAGGUUGGACUGUGGCAUAUGAAGGUCUACUGACAUCCGGGUACCCAAAAAGUAAUUCUGGUAACGAAUUCAUUUGUAUGGACGGUCAUCCUCAGGCUGUUCUUGGUGGAGGUAAUACGAACGAUAACGGGCUUCUGUUCUAUGCUGUUCUGUCCCAAUGUGGAUCUCUUCCUUGUCCUCCAUAUGAGAAUAACAAAGUAUUGUCAUGUGUUGUCUGUAUGAUGUAA